AUGAGCACUGAAGGUAAAAAACUGGAUGAAGGGAAAGGAGAAGGAAAGUCCCGGAAAGAUGCGAAGCCAUGUCAUGAUGAGGCUCAGAAGAUCAUCGACUAUCUCCAGAAGAAGUAUAACUACCACCAUUUGCCGUACGGAUCGUCCGCCGACGAUGGUCACCAGACGAUCUUGACAAAGUGCAAGAACUUGCAGAAAGAGAUUCUCUCCGUCUGCAGAAGAAUCAAGCGAGCGAAUCGCUCUUCAAAGUCCUUGCUCGACGUGCUCAACAACGAGGACGAAUCCAUCUGCCUUGUUAUCAAAAGGAACCAGGAUGGUAGAAUUCAAGUCGAUGGAAGAAAAGUCUGGCCCCAUGCGUUUAUGUUUCAUCUUUACGCGCUCUUCAUCAAGGGGGACAACACCCGUGAGCAAUGUGGAAAUCAUUCUGAGUUGCGAACGAAGGAAAACUUGAAAACUCCAUGCAGCUACCCUUUUGCGGCGGAAUGGGCGAACGGAGAAAAUCUGCUUUGCAUCAACCCUUUCCAUUACGAAGAAAAACUAAAGAUUGAAGUAAACUCGCUGGUUAAGCGAACACCACUCACGAAAGGUCCUCCUUCGCGGCCGUCAACAGCCUCGUCGGUGAGAACCGAAGCUUCAGGAAACUCUUUGAUGAUAGACUCUAAUUGUCUUGAGAAGCUUUCGCUCUCCAAGAAUCUGUGGGAAGUGCCUAACAGACGCGAGCGCAAAUUCGGCGAUGAUGAGCUGAAGAACGCCAAGGGUAUCAUCAAAUUCGAAGAGACAGUCUCGAAGGCACACGAGAAAAGAAACAUGCACAACACGAGAAGCAGAAGUCCUAGACAGGGACGACGCAACCCAGCAUGUGUGACUGAUUGUGAGCUGAUCAAGCUUUCUUUGCAGCCUGUAAACACGGUCAAUGAAGUGAAAAGUCAGCUAGAAGACUUCUCUUUCAUGGAAAACGCAUUCAAUGACGUCCAGGUUGGAGAUGUCGGUGACGUAGCCGGGCUGCAACAGAUAGAAGAUCAGUUAGGGCUUCAGCCUACGAAUGCAAACCAGAACGGUAGCCACGAUAAUUCGGAGUACUCAAUGGUGACACACCCAAUUGUGCUUCGCGAGGCAGCGGAGAAACCUUGGUGCAACGUUUCCGUGUACGAGUGCAACAACAAAAUCGAGGUCUACUCAACGGCGAAGACUCAGCUCGGUGUCGAGUACAAGGCGGCCGAUGUAAAUAGAUACGCCAAGAAGGAGACUCUCAAGGGCAAGGACGCUGCCCAAACGGAUAUUUUCGACUUGUCCAGCAUCUCCAAUGUAAAUAGAAGUACAGACACUUGGGACCUGUUGGAAAAGCUUCAACGAGGCUUGACACUUGUCUAUGACCGAGAGAAGCGCAUCGUCAGUUGCCACAACAAUUGCAAGAACCUGAAGAUAUACGUUCUCUCCUACCUUAUGAAUGUAGAAUGUGGAAAACACGAGCAAUCACUGAUCCAAGUAGGCCCAGGUGCGUCUCGUGUCGUUUAUGACGGCUACCAACUUGCGAAGACGAUCGAAGGCGUCAACUCGACCACACAAAAUGAUUUGCAAAAGUGGGCUCUCAUCAGUCAAUACGCGAAUUACUUUACUGUUUUCCGCAUAUCUUUCCAACCAUGGGGUCCGGAAUACACGAAGAAGCGUCUUACUGACUGCGAUCUGUGGUUGGAAAUAUUCAUGCGUGAAUACCUUGACUGGAUAAACCAGAUCGAGCACCACUAUGAAUACGUCGUUCACGAUGCCGCAUAUGAUUCUCCAGAAACGACCCCUCAAUAUGACCAGAUUCAAAAUUACGCGCCGGUACAAUCACCCGACCCGACCCUACAGCCGGUGCAAUCUCCCAUGUCUCAACACCCUAUGUCACCGUAUAACAUGGCCAUGUCGCCUAACAACUUGCCUCUUCAGUGA